AUGCUCGCAGCCAUGCCUCCGUCGCGCGCAGCACCGCUGACGAGCUCCUUCUCCGUCAGCGACGAGAACAAUGUCGUAGUAUGCCCGCUGCGAAACCACGACAGCUCGGCCUGUCGCAAGCGUUGCACCGGGGAGAAGCGUUUCCGGUCCAUGCAGGAGCACAUCCGCCGCGCCCAUCCUGAGCAUUACAUCUCCAAGUUGCCGGCGACUGAGGAGAGCUUCAUGCUUAUGGUCAACACACCACCGCAAGAAAGACCCCCACCUCCACCUGCGACGACCUCAGCACCGCCCCAGCAGACAUACGACUAUGGCGGAAGCGAACACAACUCCUUCUUCGAGACCGACUUCGGGACGAAUCAUCUUCGCACAUCGGACGAAAUGCGCCGGCCGUCACUCUUACCCGCCGCGACUGCUGCGGCUGCCCUGGCCUCGUUACACAACCAUCGUGCCGAGUACGACUGGGACUCAGAUCCGGACGCAGCAUCCGAUCCCGAUUCGAAGAACUACAGGCCUCGCGCACGAUUCGCUCCGACCACCAUAGAACAACACAUCAAUGCCGAAGAACCUUACUACACUUCUACUUCCAUACAGCAAGAGCUGCUCCCCUCCUCCCUCGCACGAUCGCCUCCCGGGCGCUCCUCCACUCUCCCUCCUGGCGCUCACUCUCUCAAACCGAACAGACCCCGCAAGUCAUCUGUAGGACAGAAUGCUCGUAAGGGCAAACACGAGCGGCAGAAGUCCAAGGACUAUUCGCGCAGGCUGAGCUACGACAGGAAAGCAUACUCGGCUGAGCCGGCAACCGCUGCGGCCAUUAUGGGUAAACGGUGGGAAGACUUGAUUGAUGCUGCUGCUUCAGCCACAGAAGAGGAUAGCCGAGAUCUCACGCCGGUGCCACAGUCGCCAAACCAAUCCCCUCACAUGAUGAACAACAGAACCUCUCUACCUCCCUUCAACUUUGCUUCACAACUUCAGUCAUACACGGCAUCACCUUUGAAUAACGCUCUGACGCCUCCACCUCCGGAAAUGUCGGACCUUCAGCCUUUCCCUUCCGUCGAGUCUUCCAUUGAAUCAGCCAUGUCCGGCCAAAACUUCCACAUGCAUUCCCAAGGUCUCUCCGAUUCAUCUCCUAGCUCUCUUUUCCCUGUCCAGAUCUACUGCGCUGCAUGCCGGAAACUGUCGAUAUUGCGCGACAGCUAUGCAUGCUCAGAAUGCAUUUGCGGUCUGUGUCAAGAGUGCGUAGAUGUACUUGUCAGUGAGCACAACCGCGGUCGUGCGCCGACGUGUCCGCGGUGCAGCACUAUUGGAGCCAAGUUCAAACCCUUCCAGCUGGAUAUAAGAUGA